AUGGGGACUCGGAGCAGGAGGGCCUUCAUCGCCCUGUUCGACCUGCUCCGAGUCCCCAUUGUUCCGGCCCCUGCCGGUGACGCCCCCGGCGAAGAGGCCUCGCAGGCGGAGGGCGAGGCCGCUGAGGCCGGCGGCGAGGCACCCGCAGAGGAUACCAAGGAGGAGAAGGUUGAGUCCGGUAAACUGCUGGUGGCGAACCUGCCUGCGAGCUACCUCUUCGACUACCAAGACAGGCUGAAGGAGCUGUUCUCCAAGUAUGGGGAGAUUAAUGCCAUCAAACGUGGUCCUAUCAUUGUUACUGAACAGACUAUAACGCCGACACUUUCGGCUAUAGUCGAAUUCAAAAACAAAGACAGCCUGGAUAAGGCCCUCUCCGAGCAAGGGCUCGUCAUCGACGGUUCCCGUAUCUCAGUGGCCGUCGAGUCGCGCGCUGAGACUGCCGUGCUCGUCGGCGUGCCGUACGAGGCGGGCACGGAGUACGUGCGUCGACUCUUCAACCAGUGCGGCGAGGUGGCGCACAUACAUGAGUUCAGCAAGACCAAGUACAAGAUCCUCCGGGUGACGUUCCACAAUAAGGAGUCCGUCGAGAAGGCCCUGAAGCUGGACCGCGAGCUGCGCGUCAACGGGUUCCUGGUGACCGUCUUGAAGUACCGCGACGAGGACGAGCAGAAGGCGCACUCCGCCAACGCCAACAAGAACAAGCGGCAGCACCCGCAGCAGCAGAACCGCAACGUAAACGCUAACACCAAUGUCAGCCCCAACGCCAAUCCGAACCCCAACCGCCAGAACAACUACCGGCCUCGCGGUGGCGCAUUCAACGCGCGCGGCAACUUCAGAGGCGGUCGCGGCCGCGGCGGUUUCCCCACGCGCGGGUUCCCGGCUCGCGGCGGAUUCGGCGCACACGUAAACAGCUACGCCAUCCCCGGAUUCAUGGGCGGUUUCAUGAACGACGGCCAGCGGCCGAACAAGCGGCCCCGGCUGUAAGCGGCCCUCAGAAUCCGUGUGUGUGCGUCCUACAGACUACAGUGACAUGUUACUUGGAGUAUCAUAUAAUAAAUCUAGCGAAUUGUAUUUACAUAAGUGCAUGGAAUAUAAGAGUAAGUUAUUGUCUUUUUGCAGGUAAUAAAUACUAUUACUAACAA